UUCUUUCUUGGAAGUAAGAUCUACAGCAGCAGCUCAGGCAAGAUAUUGGCUACCUCCCCACAAUUUGCUAACCAGAGAAGAACUUACAUUCUUCAAGGAAUACUUAUUUUACUUUGGAGUAGCUCCUUGUGUGAGCAGAAGGCUUCAUUUUUAAGGUACAAGCUUCAAAUCACAUUUUCUACUGUGUUGUUUGAAGACACAUCUUUGUUUCUAGUCUGAGAACAGAACAUGGGUGAGAAUCUAGAUCAGUUUCUGGUUGACCAUAAAGAAAAGAUAACUUCUGCUGUAGAAGUACUGCAGCAAGGAUGUGAAAUUCUCUCCAGUGUGGUUGGGGACAUUUUUCCUAUUAUUGGUAUGGUAGCUCCUUUUGUCAGUCUUGCCCUAGAAUCUGUGGAAAGUGAAGAAACAAAGUAUGUGAAACAACAACUCCAUACAGUGCAACAAAGUCUGAAUGCUAUCGCAGGACAUCUUGAAGAUAUUAAUAAUGAGAUCACAAAAAGCCUAAUGGACAUCAAGUAUUUUAAAGUAGAGCGUAAUAUCAAAUUCCUUUUUGGAAAACUAAUGGACAUCACGAAUGCGAAGUCUGUUUCAUCAAGACAAAAAGACAAGUUCAUCUCAGCUUACGAGUACCAGCCAACUGAGUAUGACCUUGACAAACUCUAUGAUGCAGUGACACAAAAUGAAUCCAUUCUGAAAACUAUCAUGGACUACAGCAAGAAGCAUCGUAAGGUUGUGGAAAAAUACUUUACAGGGAUUCUGCAACUCUUUUACUAUGGGAUAAUUGUCUCUGUGGCCUACAAGACAAUAAAAGGAGAGCAGUAUGCAAAGUUUCAAGAUGAAUGGCGUGACAAGCUUACUGAAGUCCAAAACAAAAUGGUUUCUCUGAUAAAUGAAUGCAUAAAUGGGUUUAUGCUGCAGGCAAGAGAAGAUGUUGAGCAAAUGCUUCCAAAAGGAAAUGAUGGAAAAGAAGAUGUUACAAAAGAGAUAUUCGAUUUUCUCAAGGCGAAAUAUGACUGGGUACAAUGGUGUGUGCACUCGUAUAAAGCCAGUGACCAUUCCAACAGUUGCUUCUUUUCUUUAUUCUUUAAAGAAACUGACUAUCACUAUGUGAUAGGCAACAAUGUUUUGCAGUUUUUUGAGGGUGAUAAUCCAACACUUGUAAUUUCAUACAGCAGUGAAAAAAAACCCAUUGACAAAGCAAACCUACAUCAAUUAAUGGAAAGCCAAAAUAAAGGCAGGGGGGCAAAAUCAGUAGUCGAAUAUUUCCAGAGCAAUAUGCCAGGCCAUGUAGUACAUGCUAUUAAAUUAAGUAAGGGUGUACAAAACUUUUCCAGUUUUUCUGAAGACUGCUGUUUCUGUGGUGAAUGGAAGCAAUUGUAUUUGUCCAUUCAUGUGGACUAAACUGCUAAGCAGUACUUGCUUCUGGGUUUGCACAUUUGAUUUAAUGUACAGUUAUAUACUGAAUUAAUUCCAUAUUAUUAAUAUCUUACACAGACUGUUACUUAUAUUUUGUCGUACAGCUAAACAGAAUAGAAAUGAAAGGGUGUUUACUUAUUUUCACUUGGUCUAUGUGUAUGAAUUAUGUAAUAAAAUCGAAGUGUAGUUAUGACUCUACAUUUAGAUUAAUGAGAUUAAUGACUGACGUUAAUAAGACACCAUUUACAGAGUACCAUACAUAGUUAUUUACUGGGAACUAAUACUUUAAAGUAUACAUUUGUAGAUAAAUACACAGCUGAGUAAAGAAGGAGCCUUUGUAGUUUUGUCAGUUUAAACCAAAUACAUUUAGACUGUGUGCUCUGUUUCAAAGAAUGCUGAAGAAACAGCACAAAACAUCAAAAAUCAGAGAAAAGAGUACAGAAAUAAAUGAUGGCAAAACCCAAGGUUGGAGAACCAAAAAUUUAAGGGCAAGGUAAGCCUUAAAAUAGUUUGCAUGGAGUCUAAAAUAUUAAUUCUAACAUGUCCAUUCAUCAUAAAAGACAAACUUAGCUUACCUCAUUUGGUAAUUUAUAAGAUAAUUAUCAGUCAUUUGGUAAAUUGUUCAAAAACAUGCAAAUGUAGACAACAUUUGUAAGGUUUUAAAAUAGUAUCACUCCUUUAAUGAGUAAAACAUUCACUUAGAACUUAAUAACUGGUUACUGGCAGCUGCUUUUAAACCAAAGUAAAUGUUAUGGUCACUGUAAAAGUGCUCACUUUAACAGUUUAUACUGGAAUUGAGUACCAGAAGUGUUUCCAUGACUGAACCAUGUUUGGCUUGGAUGCUAAUAUGAUAUAAAGUUUGUCUUCUAUGUAAUAUCUCAAACUGAAUUAUAAAACAUACUUAAGGUUAAAGAAAAUAAUGUAUUGUGUUGAUAACUAUCAUUCUAGAAUUUGGGUAUUUGUCUUAGAAAUGAUGUACAUUCAAAAAGUCUUCUUCCAUGUUAGGCUCUAUUUUCACUUGCUUUAAGGUAAAAGGAAUAAAUUACGUUACGCAUUUAUUUUGGUCAGGACGGAUCUUGAAAGUUAAUGUAAUGUACAAUUGUAAACACUUCAAUGCAUAUAGAUUUAUCUAAAAAUAAUUAUUCAGCCUGUCUGCUUUUAUAACUACUUUAGACUGUUAGGAUUUCAAACUUGAUUAAUUAAAGUGAAACUAUCUUUUUUUAGUUGCA